AUGUCCCGCGCAAAGACUGGGGUCAGAUGCCCUUCUCACAGCGAUGUCAUCCUACCGAUGCAGGACCCCUACAUGACUCAAAUCGCCGACGGAAGAAAGAACUACGAGUUUCGAAAAUAUUGCCUCAGACCCAGUGUGAAACGAAUCUGGUUUUAUCGGACUGCUCCGCACUCCAGCAUCACCCAUGUCUGCGAAACACGGUUCGCCCGGACGCGGAAUGCCGGUGAUGCUCCACUGGAAGAAAACGGGCUGGGUAAUGCCGAAUUCAACAAUAAGCACAAAGACUGGGAUGGCUACGAUUUCGCUUACGAAAUGGUUACUGUCCGUGAGCUCCGGCUGCCCAUCACGUUGAAGGAGAUGAAGGAGAAGCAUGACUUCAAAUUGGCACCGAGAGGUCUUGUCUAUCUGUCCAAGUCGAUUAGCGUUAGUGUCGAUUUGAAUCAACAGAAGCUAUUGCUCGAUAGGAGAAACUUAUGCUUCGAAUGGCUCAGAUCAUCCGAUAAUUGUGAAAGGUUUUGCAUACAUCAUAAAAGAGCCAAUCUCAUUGUUCCCGUACUCAGUAAUCUGAACAUCAACAAAUCUCUCAUCCUUAUACUCUUGAUUUCCUAA